AGGAUCUUCUGGAUUUUUACUCCUUCAUCAUCCACCUCUGACUAGGGUCUUUGCCUCUCACGACGAUCCCUUCAUGGCACCCAAGCACAAGUUCGUCAGUGGCGGCCCCGUGAUGAUGGUAGAGAGAGCUCGAAGGAGAGCGAGGACCCUGACUCGGUGACAGCAGCAGCUGGAGCGCGAUCGGCGAUGACCUUGGCAGCAGAGAAUGGUGGAGGUGCGAGCAACGGUGUCGCUGUAUAUACUUCGCGGUGGCAAAGUUUACGCACACCCAGGGAAGGACGCCACGAUGAGUGGUGGUGCUUUCAGCACAGGCGACGUCGCCGACAACCUCCCCGGCUGGUCAAAGAACAGUGCGGCGACGCUGGCUAUGGAGCCGCCGUAGAUGAUGAAGAAACCCCAGCCUCCUUUGGUUCCAGGCUGAAGAAGAAGAGAUCUCUGAAUGAUAAAAUGAAAGGCUCGACGUGGGCUGCUCCUUUCUUGCUGUUGAGAAAUAACUCCUAUUCACACUCCCACAAAUCACAAGAAAGGAAAUCUGGAGCUGCACCUCUACGAGGAGAUAGAUCCCAAAAUUUGCAAAGGAAGUCUUCAAGAGAUGAAGGAUUGUCGCGUGAUCCGGUGCAAAUGAAGAAAGAGUUGGAAGACUAAUUUAGAUAGAUUCAUUGUAUAUAUAUUUGUAGUUAAAUCUGAGCUUCAAAUAUAUGUAUAGGGUUAAGUAUGAGGUUACGGGGUGUUACUGUAAAUGUAUUAUUAUAAUAAUUUUUUUGAGUUU